CUACAUUUCUAUGCACUAUGCAGGACUUUUAUUUUAGUCUGGCGAUGUGACAACAUAAGGCUGCGCCGCGCUCCUGCGUCUGAAGAGAGUGCCCGGACUACUGAAAUAGGAAGCUAAUUGAGAAGCAGCCAUUAUAAAGAUGGCGUUUAUUAAAGAGGAGAGUGAAGACAUGAAGAUUGAAGAAACAUUCAGACUCAAACAAGAAGAUACUGAGGAACAAACAGACCUGAUGGCGCUGAAAGAGGAGAGUGAAGUACUAGAUGAAAUGGAAGGGAAAAAUCACUAUGAGAAGAAACAAGUUUUCAUGAAUGAACAAAAAUCUAUUGAAACUGAAAAGACUUCCUCACCAAAAAGUGCUCAGAAGAACAAAUCUAUCAGUAAUUUCACCUGCCAACAGUGCGGAAAAACUUUCAAUAAAAAAAAAAGCCUUACAAAUCACAUCAGAGUUCACAAAGGAGAGAAGUCUUACACAUGCACUCAAUGUGGAAAUAGUUUUACUUAUAAACACACACUCAAUGACCACAUGAAGAUUCACACUGGAGAAAAGCCUUUCACCUGCCAACAGUGUGGAAAGAGUUUCACUCACAAAGGAAGCCUUAAAAGCCACAUGAGAAUUCACACUGGAGAAAAGCCUUUUACCUGCCAACAGUGUGAAAAAUGUUUCACUCAAAAACAAAACCUUGCAAUCCACAUGAGAGUUCACACCGGAGAGAAACCUUACACAUGCUAUCAGUGUGGACAAAGUUUCAGGCAUAACAAAAACCUUUAUACCCACAUAAGAAGUCACGCUAGAGAAAUUCCUUUCACCUGCAAACUGUGUGGCAAGAAAUUCUCACGUAAAGAAAUUCUUAAUGUCCAUGCAAGUAUUGACACUGAGAGCGAAUUCACCUGCCAACAUAUGUGCUCAAUGUGGACAAACCUUUACACAUAAAAAAAACCCAUUUGUAUGGUCAACAAGGAAAGAGUUUCAGAUUAACAGUCAUUUUUUAUCACCAUAUGAGGAUUCACUCAAGAGAACAGUUUUAUGUCAUCAGCGAUGGAACGAAUUCCACAGACAGGAAACAUGUAAAGAUUCAUACUGGAGUGAAGCCUGUCAUGUGCCAACAGUGUGGAAAAAGUUUCUCACUUUGAGGUUUGGCUCACAUUAGGAUUCACAAUGGAGACAAGCACAGAUUAACGCACAGAAGAACAUAAUUUCACUCAAGGGAGUCGCUCCUGCUUCCCCCCCCGAAACCGUCUGCAACAAAAUCAAAUUUAUAACCCAUACCUGACUGGAGAGUGGCCUUUCACGUGUUUUCAGUGUGAGAAGAGUUUCACACAUCAAAUGUCAUUCGCAAACUCUGGAAAGAAAUUACAGUGUUCUGAGUAUGAUAAGAUUUAUGAAAAGGAGAAAUUUCAGAACACACACAGGUGCAUCUCAAUAAAUUAGAAUGUCGUGGAAAAGUUAAUUUAUUUCAGUAAUUCAGCUCAAAUUGUGAAACUUGUGUAUUAAAUAAAUUUAUUGCACACAUACCGAAUUAGUUUAAGUCUUUGGUUCUUUUAAUUGUGAUGAUUUUGGCUCACAUUUAACAAAAACCCACCAAACAUUCUGAUAUGUUCAGCUAAAAUUGGAUCAUACUCUGUUCGAGGAUGCCUAGAAAAUUUUCAUUAUGAGCUGAACCCAACAACUCAUCAUUUCCUCUGAAAGCCAGUCCUCUCUCCCCUAAAGACUUGAUGACUGAUACAACUUGCAGUAAUACCUGCUUCCAGUAUUCCCUCUCGGAGUCCAUUUGUUGAAUUAAUUCGGAGUCAACUGUUUCUGUGCCCUUUGAGAGCCGAUGUAACAUUUGCAUACAAACCCUGUACUCCGUGCUCCUCUCAUGUUCCCCAAUCCUCUCUGAAUGUUUCCAAUUGCAAAAUCCAUCAACGAAGGAAUUAUGCUUAGUGGAAAAUAGUUCGCAUGGGUAACGGUAACCACUGACAAGAAACAGUUUGGCAAAGAGCAGCUGAGUUACGCGUUGGUACAACUCCUAGAAGAGAGUGAAAUAUUAAACCAUCCUGGUGUUGAUAGAACACUUUUUUGGGAGUUACUUGGGUGUUAGUUCUUAUUAUGGUUCUGCAUUACCUACUUAAAAAAAACUAAUAUAAACUAGAAAUUCACAAUGAAGAAAACGUCGUUCUGUUACUCUUUCAAAACUUUAUUUCAGCACAGAGCAAGAAAUCAUAAUGCCAUGACAUUACUACAAAUAACAGUCCACAACAAUGUAAAAUAGACUGUCAUACAUUUGUAAAUCAAAUGGCUUGUAGUACAUCAAUUCCUCAAGUACAAGACUGUGCUCUUGUUCAACAACACUCAAAGCACGAAGGUGUUCAACAAACUGAUUUCCUACACGAUGCCAAAAAAUAAAUCCCAUCCUUAAAAAUUUUAACAAUCUUUCCAAAAACAUGUGCAUUAUCAACAAACUCUAAGCAAACAACAGGACCACUGCGAUACUCAAUACCAUGACACUUUACCCACGGUGUGACCAUUACCUCGCUAGAGAUAUCAAUCUGGAGCUGCUCUGAAAUAAAAUCAGUUUUCAAGGUCAGACAACAGUUCAUUUGAAACAGGGCCAGACUCGAUACCCUUGAUGGUACAGGACUCCCAGUGAGAGGCAAAGACUAGCUGGUGUUUUGUUUGCAAGUGACUUGGUCAGGUUUUUUAAAUGUUUUAGAUUUCCCUUAAAAAACUUGUUUUGCCUCGUACCUCAUUGUCCAUACAUGAAUCAAUGGGCCAAUUUGUCUGAUGCAUUCAGGGUAGUGAAUCAUAAAGUGGUGAUUUGGAAUUAGAUUCCUAGAAGGAUAUAAAUCAUUGAAGGAAUGCAAUACAAUGAUGCUCUUUUAUCAGAUGCUUCAAAAAUAUUAUCAUUCCUUCAGAGAUGCAAGAUAAUAUUAAAACUAUGUAAGAGCAGCAACAUCAAAUGCCAGUGCUUAUCUCCCUGUGGGACUACAUCUCCAAAUAUGAGACACAAUGUCUGACUUGCAUCGAGACCAAUGUUGUUUCCUGCUUGUAGAAGGUAGACUUAUUUUCUUUUAAAUGCACAUUUUUUAAUCAGGCUCCUACGAUCAGGAGUUUCAUUUUAAAGAAAAUUAUAAGGUUAUUAGUGAAUAAAAUAACUUUUUUUCAAAAAUGCCACUUUAGACAAUUUAUUGUUUUUUUACAAGUUAGAUUUUCUUUUGCGUCAAAACCAGCUAAAUCCACUUGUGUUUUUUUUCUGCAAAAACCUCUAAAUCCACCUAUUUGGGACAAGACAUAGUAAAUACCGUAUUGUCCCGAAUAUAAGACGACCCU